GUCAAGAUGAAUAAUGUCACUCACACGUAUAUAUGUGGGCAUGGAACAGUUAUGAACAUCUCAGCAUAUAUUGCAGCAACGAAAGUGGCGAAUGUAAAGCAGCCACUUCAUAUUGACUGUUCACAGAGCUGGGAGACCUGGAGAGGCGUGAAACCAAAUUCCUUUGAUCUUAUUGUAAAUAUUAACAUGAUUCACAUCACAGAGAUGAAGUGCACUGAGGGCCUGUUCAAAGGUGCUGGCCAGUUACUAAAACCAGAGGCCUUACUUAUUACUUAUGGGCCUUAUGCGAUCAAUGGUGUAAUUACUCCACAAAGCAACAUAGAUUUUGAUUUGAGCUUGAGGCAAAGAAAUCCAAUCUGGGGUCUGAGAGAUAUAAGCUUGUUAAAGAAAUUGGCUGAAGAAAACGGGAUGACAUUCAAGCAGAUGGUUGAUAUGCCAGCCAGUAAUAAAUGCGUGAUCUUCCAGAAAUGGUCGAGUGUAUAGCAGUCAUCUCUUUUGCAGUUCUGUGACACAGGGAAGAGAUGCAAUGUUUAACUCUGAAUUAUUGUACCAAUGUGUCAUGAUAUGGAAGUGCUGUUAAUCCUCUUUUAACUAGUUCAACUAAACCAAAUAGCUAACUUCAAUUAAGAUUAAUAGUGACUGAUUCAGAAUUCUUUUUCUUAACUAGCCACGUUUUCCAAGAAUUGAAAAUGACUGAAAAAAACUUUUCCUUUAUGCUUAAAAAUACAUAGACCCAGUAGAAUGAAUUAUUUUGAAUAGAUCUGAAUUACGUUGUCUUUUUGAAUGUAAAAAGGGUGCGUGUGUUUGAGGAGCAGACUUCCUUCCCCACACCCUGUGCCCCACCCUUGUUAUUACAGGCAGGCUGAAUGUCAGACUCUGUCCUUGGGAGAUUUUCUGAUCAUACAAAGUGUGAGGUGGAAGGAAGUUACCAGCUUCCUUCCCCGGUUCCAUGUCUAAAGUUGAAAUUGAGACCUUGUGUCCAAAGGCUCUCCCAAUUUUUGGUUGACAACAGUAACUUUUUAAAAGAGGAAUUCCUAUAUGUUAAUAAUAACGUAUGUUUGUUGUUACCCUGGAAUAUGGCUCAGUGUGUGUGUGUACGUGCAUGUGCAUGUGCAGGUCUUGCUGUUAUUUUCUCUACAUUUGAUGUGGCUUGCACUGACACAGCCUGUAAUUGGAUGAAUCUAGAGUUGUACGUGUCGAUGUAAUUCUUGAAGGAAAACGAAUCAUAUUUCAUGUAAUUGAGUGCCUUUGAUCGGUAUUGUACUGUGACCAAGCUUCUGAUAUAUGUAAAAUACAUAAAAAAAAAAUCAUUAUCUGCAACAACCUUCUGUGCCCUGCCCACACACCUGUAGGUUCACCAUGAAGGAAGGGGGAGCCAGCAGAGUAUUGCAGCUUUGGUACCACAGCGCUCUAGCCUUAUUUUAUUGAGGCCUGUUCUCUGUAGAUAACUAGUGGAUACGUAGUUGUUAGUGCAGAACUGCUAGGAAAAAAAAUUUUUUGUUGAAACUUCUCAGCUUGCACUCCAGCAGGACAAUUUGCAAGGAUACCAAUUAGGGGAAACAAACUUUAGAGGUGUUGCCAUGGAGAUUGCACCAAUUAAUGAUUGACAGUUACAUUUGAACAAGCCCGACAGUUAAAAUGUCUCAGUAGCAUUCUCAGCCCAGAUACCAUCAGCUAUUUCAUACACAACCUUCCUUCUAUCAUAAGAUUGAAGUAGAGCUGUUUGUAAAUGAUUGCGUUCUUCAACUCUAUUCUCGAUUCCUCCAAUAAUGAAACAAUCCUUGCCCGUGUACAGCAACUUCCAAACUAUCCAGACUUUAGCAGGAACGCUGCUUAUCAGCUAAUGUUUUCAACUGGAUGGAAUUUUUGAGGUCCGUACGUGGCAGUGACUUCCGGUCACCAUGCGCAGACCCUCUUGCUGAUAAGUGACAAGUAAUGUUUUCCUGGCAAUUGUAUGGCACAGUGCCUAUCUAAUGGUGGCACUUUUCCUUGACAUUAAAGCAUUAACAUGUUUGUGUCUUUCAUAUCAAUAUCAUUGGAGAUGUGGAAAGAGUGAAUCCCUGAUUCAGUUUGACUGGACUGUAUACUUGCCAUCUCUUGACUGCCUGGGUCUUCCGCAGUAAGUAAUUCAGCUGCUGAUUUCCUAGGCCUCUUCACCUACAUGGCACAGCUCCAGAAAUGAUCAAGUACUUGCUAACGUGUAUAGCAGCAACAACAAUGCACAUUCUGCAACACAUACCAAAAUACUGCAGGUGCUGGAAAUUAAAACAGAAUCAGAAAAUGCUGGAAAUACUCCAUAGGUCAGGGCACAGUUUUGGGAAGAAAGAGAGUUAAUGUUUCAGAUUGAUGAUAAUGCUUUAUCAGAACUGAUGAAAGGUCACUGAGCCAACAUAUGAACUUUGUUUCUCUCUGCAGAUGUUUCUUGGACCUGCUGAGUAUUUUAAGCACUUUUCUGUUUUAACACCAUAGUUUACCGUGCCUGCAGGACUCAUUGAAUGUGCUGAUGACAACUCACCAAGGCUUCUUUGGCAGCAGCUCUCAAACCCUUGGUAUCUGCUACACUUAAGGCUAGGGACCAUGCCAAGGUUCCUGUCACAUCACACCACAUCUUGAUGUGACUGUGUUACCAUUUCUUUGUUGUUGCUCAGCAUAGCUGUACUCUGAAAGCCUGCCAGCAGUAUGGGAUCACCUUCAUCAGAAAGGCUGCAGGAGUUCCAGAAACCCACCAGCACCAUCAGAAUGGAUGGCUACUAUAUGUCAGAUUAGCCAGUCUCCAUCCAAAGAAUCGUGACAAAAGCCAAUUCUACGGAACACAAAAAUGUUUGGACCAAACUUUUUUUUAAAUUACACAAUUUGCAUUGUUUCAAAAUUAUGUGAAGACCUCUGUUGGCUUAAUAAUAAUUUAAUAAUACUGUGGUGUGCUCCUGCAAAGUGAUAAUGCAACUAUAAACUCAAUUUUUAAAAAAGAUUUCAAGUUGUUGUGUUCUUGGUCGUUUGGUUCUUGUCUCAGUUUUUGAUGGUGUCCACAUUAAAGUGAUCACUUUGCUGACUA